AUGAUGAAGAUGAACCGUGUGAUGUGUGUGUUGGCCGUUCUGCUGUGCCUCGCCUGCGGGUAUGCCAUGGCGGCUUCUGCUGCUGAGGUUAAAGGAAAUGCAGUUCAAGGGAGAGAUGAUGAAGCAGAUCCAGGGGUUGGGGGAGGUGGUCUGCCAGAGGAUAACCUAGAGCAGGGCCCACCAAAAGAUCCAGCGCCAGAAAAUGGUGAUGUAAAAGACCCACAAGAUCAACCAGAGGAAGAUGAUGAUGAAGAGGAAGACGAUGCUGGUGCUGGAGAUGAAACAUUAAACCCCGACCAACCUCCCAAUCCAGAGGGAGGUGACGCACCGAAACCUCCUGAAGAAGAAAACCCAGAUGAUGGUAACACUGAGGAACCUCCUGCAUCAGGUGGUAAACCUGAGCAACCUGAAGAUGGAGAAGAUAACAGUCAAAACACCACUCAGAAACCUGAUGCUCCCGAGAACACUGAGAAACCAUCAACACAAGAACCCACUUCCACUAAUGCACCAAGCAAC